AUGUCUUCCAACUUGGUACCACUGUUCCAGUCGCUAGACCUCAUGCUGGGAAGCUCACAAAAAAGAAGAGCAAAAAGAGUGGUACAUCCAGGAGUUAGUAGCUCCCUAGCGUCACCAGUAUCCCCACUCCCUCCAGCGGUUAGCUCUCCCGGAUACCCAUAUCCCAAUCAGCAACAAUAUCCACAACAAUCACCACAAAUUGCUCAGCAAUAUCCACAACUGGUACCACAACAGUUACCACAACAAUAUCCACAACUGGUACCAAAACAAGAAGCUCAAAAUGAUUCGGUACCGUCGAUACAAGAGACACGGUACCAAAGCCAAAAGGAGUUUGACACUCCUGAUGCAGAGGGCAACUACAAAUCGUUCUUGACGUUUUCCAACACAGUGCCACCUGAAGUUGGUACCCAGUACCACGUAACUGACCAAGGAACUGCAUCACCAAAGUUUAUUAGAUCAUCCAUGUAUUAUAUCCCAGAAUCUGAAAAGUUGCGAAUGGCUACAAAAUUACCAGUCUCAAUCACCGUACACCCAUUUGCUCCUCAAUUACAGAGUGAAGAGCCCAUUGCUACUGUUGAACUAAUGCAGAAUGACCCAAUUGUCUCUAGCAGCAUCAAUGAGAGUGAUGAUGACGCGUUGGAUAAAGGUCCUCUUCGAUGCCAUAGAUGUAGAACAUACAUUAACCCCUCAAUCAAUUUCACUCCAAACCAAAAAUUUAUAUGUAAUAUAUGUCAAUUUGCAAACAACACGGUACCACAAGAGUACUAUUCACCAUUGGACACUAGAGGUUUUAGAAUGGACAAGUUUGUCAAACCCGAAUUGCACAAGAGUGUCUACGACUUGAAGGUACCCAAAGAAUACAAUUUCAAUUCCAAAGAUCCUCAACCAAUGCACAUGGUAUUUCUAGUUGAUAUUUCUGAAAACAGUGUUAAGCAGAAUUUACCCACUUUAGUGGCUGAAUCUAUAAGAUCCAUGUUGAAUAAUAGCGCCGUAACAGCAGCAGCAGCUGCUGCUGCUGCAUUUGCAUCAGGCGAAAAAGAAGAAGUGGGAGAAGUGGGAGAAGCACAAAAGGAAGGCGAAGAAGGUUUGCCAUUUAAAAUCGCCAUUAUUGCAUUUGACAAAAGGAUUCAUUUCUUCAAUCUUUCACCAACACUUGAAAGGACCCAAGUGUCAAUUCUUUCCGAUUUGGAUGAUCCUUUUGUCCCCUUUAAUGAUGGGUUGUUUGUUUCACCAGAGGAAAGUCAAUUUGUCAUUGAAGAUGCAUUAAACUACUUGGAACAAGUUGGUAAUAAUCAGGCUCUCGAUAUGGAACCCGCCUUUGCCGCCGCUGUGAAAACUGCUGGGUUAUGUCUUGAGAUGCAUGGAGGAGGUAAGAUCAUCUCUGCAUUAUCAAGCCUUCCAUCAUGGGGCCCUGGAGGACUCAAAUACAAGGAUAAUAGAGCCGUUGGAAGAACACCAUCACCUGAGGUGGAAAAGAAGUUGUUUCUUCCCGAUAGUGACUACUGGAAAGCAAUGACUAAACAUUUUAUACAACAAAGUGUCGGUAUGGACCUUUUCAUUGCCUCGCAUACCUCCGUUGAUCUCUCCAAUGUUGGUCACUUGGUCUCUGCAACUGGUGGUGAGAUUUCAAGGUGGACAAACCUCAAUUAUGAAAGAGAUGGCAGAUUGUUUACAGAGAAAUUCAAAAGGUCUGUUUUCAAAACCACUGGAUAUCAAGCUCAACUCAAGCUUAGAUGCUCAAAUGGUUUGCAAAUUGCACAAUAUUAUGGAACUUCUUCUUCCUUAUCAGAAACCAAUUUGGGUGGCUCUGUGCAAGAUCCUGUUAUCCCAAUAUUGUCGGAAGAUCAAACUUUCACAGUUCUCCUUUCGUAUGAUGGACUUUUAAGUAAAAAAUUGGAUUGCCAUUUUCAAGCAGCCCUUUUGUAUACUGAUGCACAUGGUGUGAGAAAAGUCAGGGUCAUUAAUUUGGUCCUUGCAGUAACUUCGAGGUUGGAAGAUGUAUUUUACUUUACUGAUGAAAACGCCAUCAUUACGACUUUGGUAAGAGACACGUUAUCCUUUAUCGGCAAGCAAACAUUGAAUGAACUAAGGGAGAGUCUCAAUACCAAAUUAGGAGAUGUAUUCACGCAGUAUAGAGCAAUGAAUGAAUAUGGCCACAAUAGAGCGCGCACGCUCACCAACAAGCUUUUGUUCCCAGAUGCUUUAAAAAACUUACCACUUCAUAUCUUGAGCUUUCUCAAGACUCAUGCAAUUCGCGCCUCAACGGGGCUCAGUGCUGAUUCGCGUUUAGCUGAAGCAUUCAAUAUGUUGACUAUGCCAUUGGAAAAACUUUCAUACCAUUUAUACCCUGCAUUAGUUGAACUUCAUUCACUUACUGAAGAAGACGGAACAGUUGACGAAACUACUGGAUACACAUUACUUCCUCGAUACAAAGACUUGACAGCAUCGAGCUUGGACCGUGGAGUAUACAUUCUUUGUGAUGGAUUUAGAACUUGGGUCUAUGUUGAUCCAGAUGCUAACAUAAUGUUGAUUAAAGACGUAUUUGGAGAUCAAAUUGAGUCAAUUGAAGAACUUGACCCCUUAAUCGACGAGCUUCCCGAAUUACCGUCUGAAAUCUCCCAACAAGCGCGCAAUAUAGUGCAUUUUUUUAAUAAAAAUAUUGUUGGAAUAGACUCUUUUAACGUCCAAAUUGUGCGAAAGGGAAUUGAUGCUUCAGAACAUCAGUUUAGAGAGUACUUACGUGACGAUAGUUUUGGUGGUGCUGGAGGUGCUGGUACUGGCGGAGGCGCACUAAGGGCAACAAAUGGCUUAAGCUACGCCGAGUAUCUUACAAACCUCCACAAAGCGAUACGAGUUCUUUUGGAUUCAGACAAAGCUGCAAAUAACAUCAGACAGUCGAUAUCUAGUGUUGAACAUGACACUGAUACCUUGGCGCAAAGGUUCAUCAAUUUUUAA